AUGAAUGAUCAACAAUUCCUGCACAAAAAUAUCAAGACUGGAAAGGAUCUAAUUUAUUUGAAUAGUUCUGAACAAAAAUAUCAAAAGGAAUUGGCAUGUGCAUGUGGAUUGGCAAUUGAGAAGUGUAUAUUGGAGUUUAAGAUAAAAAGUGUUCAUUUGUGGAAUGCAAGAACUGAGGAGGUGAAGACACUUGCUUUUACUAGAAGUGGUAUUAGUAGUCUUUUCUGGUCUGAAGAUGGUGAUUAUUUUGCUGUGGGAUUGAUGAUGGUGAUAUUCAAAUAUGGGAUAUUUCGAGUGCUCAAAAUAUUAGAUCAAUGA